AUGAUUCCAACAAGACAUACUCGUGCCAACAGUGAUCCUGAAGGCACCAACAGCAUCAAUGAUAACAAUGAUAACCAGAAUGUCAACAUAGGCCCAGUAGAUUCUGCUGUGGCCCAACUUAUUCAAAUUUUGGCUCAACAAACUGCUCAUCUUACCCGACAACAGCAACAUCAAGAGAAUCCUAGGGUAAUUUUUAAAACUUUUCAGGCAGUUAAUCCCCCAGAGUUUAAGGGCUCAGCAGAUCCUGUUGCAGCCCAAACAUGGUUAAAAGAAAUGGAGAAGUGUUUCGAAUUAGUUCCAGCAAGUGAGGAGCAGAAAACAAAGUUUGCCAGUCAUUACUUAAAGAAUGAAGCAACGUAUUGGUGGGAAUCUGAAUUGUUUUUAGAGAAGUAUUUUCCUAGGUUUCUUCAAGAUCAAAUGGAGUUGAACUUUUUAGAGCUGAAACAAGGAAAUAUGUCUGUGGUUGAAUAUGAGAAUAAGUUUGCGGAAUUGGCUAGGUUUGUGCCAACUUAUGUAGAGACAGAUAGGCAGAAAGCAAAAAGGUUCCAACAAGGUCUGAAGCCUUGGAUUAGAAGCAAGUUAGCUAUUUUGCAAUUAGAGACGUAUGCGGCAGUGCCAAUAUCCAAAGCCCCGUAUAGGAUGGCACCGGUAGAGAUGAAAGAAUUGGCAAAACAAUUACAAGAGUUAUUGGAGAAAGGAGUGAUUAGACCUAGUGUAUCCCCAUGGGGAGCACCAGUAUUGUUUGUAAAGAAGAAGGAUGGAAGUAUGAGGUUAUGUAUAGAUUACAGAGAGCUUAAUAAGCUUACUAUUAAGAAUAAAUAUCCUUUACCUCGUAUUGACGACUUGUUUGACCAGUUGAAAGGAGCAGAGUAUUUUUCUAAGAUUGACCUUAGGUCGGGAUACCAUCAGCUCAAAAUCAAAUCUGAGGAUAUACCUAAGACAGCUUUUAGAACGAGGUAUGGUCACUAUGAAUUUUUAGUGAUGGCUUUUGGAUUAACGAAUGCACCAGCAGCUUUUAUGGACUUAAUGAAUAGAGUCUUUAAGAAGUAUUUGGACAAGUUUGUGAUUGUUUUUAUAGAUGAUAUUCUGAUAUAUUCUAAGACAGCUGAGGAGCAUGCAGAACAUUUGAGAACAGCUUUAGAGAUAUUAAGAAAGGAGAAAUUGUAUGCAAAGUUUUCUAAAUGUGAAUUUUGGUUACAAGAAGUUCAAUUUCUAGGACACAUAGUGAGUCGUGAUGGAAUCAAGGUAGAUCCAGCAAAGAUUGAAGCUAUAAUGAAUUGGGAAAGACCAAAGACCCCCACAGAGAUCAGGAGUUUCUUGGGGUUAGCAGGUUAUUAUAGAAGAUUUGUACAGGAUUUCUCAAGAAUUGCAACCCCACUGACUAAGUUAACUAGAAAGAAUGAGAAGUUCAUAUGGAAUGAGAAGUGUGAGGAAAGUUUUCAGGAAUUGAAGAAGAGAUUAGUGUCAGCACCAGUGUUGUCUCUUCCAGAUGAUCAAGGGAAUUUUGUGAUUUAUAGUGAUGCCUCGUAUAAAGGAUUAGGAUGUGUAUUGAUGCAGCAUGAUAAAGUUAUUGCGUAUGCGUCUAGACAACUUAAACCUCAUGAACGAAAGUACCCCACUCACGACCUGGAGUUAGCAGCUAUUGUAUUUGCAUUGAAAAUAUGGAGACAUUAUCUGUAUGGAGAAAGAUGUGAGAUUUAUACAGACCAUAAAAGUUUAAAGUACAUCUUUACUCAGAAAGAGCUGAACAUGAGACAAAGGAGAUGGCUAGAGUUGAUUAAGGAUUAUGAUUGUACGAUUAAGUAUCAUCCAGGAAAAGCUAAUGUUGUAGCAGAUGCUUUAAGUAGAAAGGAAAGAUUAAAUGUAUUGACUGUGCCAGAGGAGUUAUAUAAGGAGUUUCAAAAGUUGGAAAUCGAGGUAAGAAUUCAUGAACCAUCAAAGACAGCAUUGUAUACCAUAACCUUCCAACCAGAGCUAUUAGAGAAGAUUAAGAAGUGCCAGGAAGAGGUAAUGGAUCAGGAUGUAAACAAGUUGGUGGGAGAAGAGUUAUGUACACAGAAAGAUGAUCAAGGGAUUCUUAGAUUUUCUUCCAGGAUAUGGAUUCCACCAGUGACAGAUAUUGGGAUGCCUCCUUAUGAAGCUCUUUACGGACGCAAAUGUCGAUCACCAGUAUAUUGGGAUGAAGUCGGAGAACGCAAGAUACUUGGACCGGAAUUAGUACAGCAAACAAAGGAAGUCGUUGAAAUCAUUCAGAAACGACUAAUUGCAGCACAGAGUCGUCAACGAAAUUAUGCAGAUCAAUUCCGGAAGGACGUAGAAUUUGAAGACGGAGAAGCAGUGUUACUGAAGGUGUCACCAUGGAAAGGGUUAUCCAGAUUCGGAAAGAAAGGCAAGUUAAGUCCCCGAUAUAUCAGGCCAUUUGAAAUCUUGAGACGUGUAGGCAAAGUAGCGUACGAAUUGGCGUUACCCCCGCAAAUGGAGCACAUUCAUAACGUCUUUCAUGUAUCGAUGCUCAAGAAGUAUAAUCCAGAUUCAAAGCAUGUAAUAGAAUAUGAGCCGGUAGAACUCGAGACGGAUUUAUCGUAUGUAGAAAUGCCAGUGGAAAUUUUAGAUAGAAAAGAGAAGGUGUUAAGAAACAAAGUAGUUAACUUAGUAAGAGUAUUGUGGAGAAACCCAAAGGUUGAAGAGUCAACCUGGGAGUUAGAAAGUGAUAUGCGUGAAAAGUGCUUGGAUGUUGCGGAAGGAGUUAUGUCUUACAGAGGGCAGAUUGCAGUUAUACAUAUAAAUAGCGACGGUAGUGAAGAAGGGGCAACAUUUCUAAAGAUUCCCUAA